AUGUCUCCAAUCGCCACUGACAAAGCCGCCGCAGCCUCUGCUCAGACUGCAAAGACAAACCUGAAGUCGGCCUCCGGCCUAGCUGCGCCUUUCGACCGCUCCCGCUUCCACGCCUCUUCAUCCUCCGCCGCUAUCAACGCAGAGCAUCAGUAUGCAGCUCACAACUACCACCCGCUUCCUGUCGUCUUUGCCCGCGCUGCCGGCACUACCGUAUGGGAUCCUGAGGGGCACUCCUAUCUCGAUUUUCUCUCCGCCUACUCAGCCGUUAAUCAGGGCCACUGCCAUCCGGAGUUGGUCAGGGUGUUGGUUGAUCAGGCUUCUACCCUUACGCUGAGCUCUCGUGCUUUCUACAAUGAUGUGUUCCCCAAGUUUGCGGAAUUCGUGACGAAGUUCUUCGGUUUCGAUAUGGUGUUGCCCAUGAACACAGGUGCAGAAGCUGUGGAAACCGCGAUCAAAAUCGCCCGGAAAUGGGGCUACAAAACCAAAGGCAUUCCUCACAACGAGGCUAUAGUCUUGAGCGUGGAGAACAACUUCCAUGGACGCACUUUUGCGGCAAUAUCAAUGUCAUCUGAUCCAGAAUCAAGGGAUAACUAUGGCCCUUAUUUGCCGCUAAUCGGCAGCACGAUUCCAGGCACGAACAAACCCAUCCCGUUCAACGACAAAGCCGCGCUGCGUGAAUCGUUCGAGAAGGCAGGACCCAAUAUUGCCGCGUUCUUAGUCGAACCGAUCCAGGGUGAGGCUGGCAUCGUCGUCCCUGAUGAUGACUACCUUAAGGAAGCCAGAGCUCUCUGCGACAAGCACCGCGCCCUCCUCAUUUGUGACGAGAUCCAGACCGGCAUCGCCCGAACUGGUAAACUACUCUGCCACGAGUGGAGUGGUAUCAAGCCAGACCUCGUCCUCCUAGGCAAAGCGAUAUCCGGCGGCAUGUACCCCGUAUCCUGUGUCUUGGGGAGCAGGGACGUUAUGCUCACAAUUGAGCCGGGCACGCAUGGCUCCACGUAUGGUGGCAAUCCGCUCGGUUGCGCCGUCGCCAUUCGCGCGCUGGAAAUCAUCCGCGACGAGAAAAUGGUCGAACGAGCGGAGAAGCUUGGCCACCAAUUCCGUACUGGGUUGGCUGCCAUAGAUAGUCCUAUGAUCCAAGUAAUUCGAGGUAAGGGGCUGUUGAAUGCCGUCGUCAUCGACGAGUCUAAGACUGGCGGGCACACCGCGUGGGAUCUUUGCAUAUUGAUGAAGGAAAAAGGGUUAUUGGCAAAACCAACGCACCAAAACAUUAUACGCUUCGCACCACCACUGGUCAUCACAGAAGAAGAGCUUAAAAAGGCACUGAGCAUCAUCGAUCAGGCCGUCAAGGAAUUGCCAACGAUGAAGAGUGCGUGA